UUGCAGACGGUGCCUGGCAGCGGCGAGCGGAAGCGCGCGAGGGCCGCGAGGACCCGCGACGGCGCGCGGGCCCUGGAGCUGCGCCGCGAGGGGCCGGCAGGGGGCGCUGCGGCGCCGCAGUCGCGGGCGCGCUCGGGGCCGGGCUCCGGGCCCGCGCGCCCUCGCCGCCGGGCGCGCGUGCGCAGUGCCGGCCUCCCGCGGAGACGGCUGGCCGCGGCGAAGCCGGUGCACCGAGGCGGCGCGGAGCGGCGGCCGAACAUGUGGCGACCGUUGCCUCUCUGCCAUGUCCGCCGUGCUGUGCUGCAGGGCGGGCCGAGGGGCUGGCCGGUCCCCGCCGCCCGCCUCAGGAGAAGCCUCAGGAUCCUGCCUGCCCGAGGGUCCUCGAGGCCCCCGCCCCCGUGGAAGAAGGUGCUCUCCGCCACGGCGCUGGGGCUGCCCUUGCUCCUUGGCGUCCGCUACUUCUCGGCAGAGCCGCAGGAGAGGAGGAAGAUGCGGCUCACGGUGGACGGCGUCGGGCGCUUUGGCAGGUCCGUGAGGAUCGGCCUGCAGAUCUCCGUGGACUACUGGUGGUGCACGAACGUCGUCCUGCGAGGGGUGGAAGAGAACAGCCCGAGGUACUUGGAGGUGAUGUCUGCGUGUCAUCAGCGGGCGGCGGACGCCCUGGUGGCCGGGGCCAUCAGCAACGGGGGCCUGUACGUGAAGCUGGGCCAGGGGCUGUGCUCCUUCAACCACCUGCUGCCCCCAGAGUACAUCAGGACGCUGCGCGUGCUGGAGGACAGGGCCCUCACGCGCGGCUUCCGGGAGGUGGACGAGCUGUUUCUCGAGGACUUCCAGGCCCCGCCCCAGGAGCUCUUCCGGGAGUUUGACUACCAGCCCAUCGCCGCCGCCAGCCUGGCCCAGGUGCACCGCGCCCGGCUGCACGAUGGCACUGCCGUGGCCGUGAAGGUGCAGUACAUCGACCUGCGGGACCGCUUCGAGGGGGACAUCCACACCCUGGAGCUCCUGCUGCGGCUCGUGGAGCUCAUGCACCCCAGCUUCGGCUUCAGCUGGGUCCUCCAGGACCUGAAGGGGACGCUGGCCCAGGAGCUGGACUUCGAGAACGAGGGGCGGAACGCCGAGCGCUGCGCGCGCGACCUGCAGCACUUCCCCUACGUGGUGGUCCCGCGCGUGCACUGGGAUACCUCCAGCAAGCGCGUUCUCACCGCCGAGUUCUGCGAGGGCUGCAAGGUCAACGACGUGGAGGCCAUCAAGGCCAUGGGACUGGCCGUGCGGGAUCAGAGAAGCUCAUCCAGGCUUUUGCGGAGCAGAUCUUCUACACGGGCUUCAUCCACUCCGACCCCCACCCCGGCAACGGUAGGGAGGGCCCCGGGGGCGGGGCGUGGGGCUGGGGCUGGGGCCAGGGCGGCACCAGUGAGCCCGCGUGCCCUGCCCCUAGUUCUGGUGCGGAAAGGCCCGGACGGGAAGGCACAGCUGGUGCUGCUGGACCACGGGCUCUACCAGUUCCUGGACGAGAAGGACCGCUCGGCCCUGUGCCAGCUGUGGCGGGCCAUCAUCCUGAGGGACGACGCCUCGAUGAAGAUGCACGCGGCCGCGCUGGGGGUGGAAGACUACUUCCUGUUCUCGGAGGUGCUCAUGCAGCGGCCGGUGCGCCUGCGGCAGCUGUGGCGCUCCCACCUGCUGAGCCGCGAGGAGGCGGCCUACAUGCAGGCCAUGGCGCGGGAGCACUUCGAGGACAUCAUGGCCGUGCUCAAGGCGCUGCCGCGGUCCAUGCUGCUCGUGCUGCGCAACAUCAACACCGUCCGCGCCAUCAACACCACCCUCGGCGCCCCGGUGGACCGCUACUUCCUCAUGGCCAAGAGCGCGGUCAGGGGCUGGAGCCGCCUGCUGGGCACAGCGCAGCCGAGCGUCUACGGCGCCAGCCUCCUGCGCCACCUCAGGGUCGUCUGGGAGACGUUCAAGUUUGAGGUGGCCCUGAGGCUGGAGACCCUGUCCAUGCGGCUCACCGUCCUCCUGGUCCGAGCACUGGUGUACCUGGGCCUCAUGCCCCAGACCGAGGGGCUGUACGAGUACCUGGAGACCUAGGCCCCAGCAGCAAGACCGGUGCUGGCCAGGGCUGGAGGCACUGGACGGGGGAGAUACCUGGGGCUCUGACCACAGGUGGGGCCGGGGGCCCUGCAAUGACCACACACACGUCUCAAACCCAA